CUUUGCCCAUGCUCUUUAUAUGCGAGAGGGUUUUAGAGCACUGUUCAUGAUCAUGGCCUCGGCUGAAGCUUUUCGUUCUCGAACUGUUACUUUGCCUCAUGCUCUUUAUAACUCCCUCGCCAUCUUCAUCUUCAACCUCUUUCCUUGAGCUCCAUGUGGAGCUGAGGAUGUCACUUUGAUUGAGUUUGAACAAAAUGGUUUCCCUGUCCAAGAUCCUGUACCCUAAUUCUGGUAGCCUUCUAUUGGAUGAGGACUUGAAUGUGGCAUCAUUUCAAGGCUGGGAUGGGGCAAUUGGCAGCCUAGUGAUCAUGGCAUGGAACCGAAAAGCAAACAUAGGUAGCCAAGAAAUGCACCAAUAUUUGAACUUCCUUCAAGUAGUUCAAGCCAUGGAUGUGCCUGCAGUUAGCUUGCAUUAUUGUUCUCGGGAACUUCUCUCGACUGCAACAUUCAAGCCAUGCAAUAUUAUGCUCCUCUUGUUCUGUCAGCGUGAAUGGGAAGGGCGGUGGCGGAGGAGGUGGUGGUGGAGGUGGUGGUUGGAGGAGGUAAUUAAGGUCAAGGAGAGUGGGCUAAAAACAAGAGAUGUCAAGUUGGAGAACCCAUGUGCACCAUGGCUUGUUGUGCUCUUUAAUAUUUGGUGCCACAUUUUCCAGGCUUUGGCUGAAGGACAGAAGGCAGGCACUUCUGAUGAUGAACACCACACCUGCAUACCCAUCAAACACUCUUCCGAAAGGGCCCAGGCCGAUAAUGAUCUGUACUUGAUGGCUUCUGCUGAUAUCCUCUAUGAUGAUGAAGAUCAUGAUCCCAUGGAUCUUCUGGUGUGGAACACAAGGAUCUCUUAAAGAAUUACUAUGUUCCACUGAAGAGUUCCCCUUUGCAACUUCAAGUCUUUGGCGAUCAUGUGUGUUUUGUUAAUGCACCUGAUCACACAGUCUGCCCCUAUUUUGCCUGAAAUAUCAGGAGCAAAUGUGGUGGUCUUGUAUAUUUCCUAUCAUGUUAUGGCUUUUGUGAGCAAGAUUGAUCAGUUUGAUUUCAUGCUUUAAUAAUCUGCAUAAUAUAUUUGUGCACUUUUUAAAAUCCAAUGUUUAAGUGAGACAGCUUUCCUUUUGAGUUCUGAAAUUCCUGCAGUUUAUACUCAUAAAUAUUCUAUCUAUCUCAGUA